GAGUAAGCUGCAGGGCAACUCUGGUAGUGAUGGUGCUCUUCUUUGUGUUAUUAUUGUAGACAAAGCCAUAAUAAAAUUGAGAUUUGCCAAAUAAAUACAUAUUGGUACACGGAACGUGGAGUGAAAAUCGGAUUUGCGUCCCAGUAAAUAGCGUGUAAAACGUCGUAAAUUGUAUUUGGCUAAAAACCUAAUGCGCGCUGUUGAUUGGCGUCGCUCCAAAUUAACCAAAUUUAUUGCUGAGCCACAGACGGAGUUCGACAUAAUGGACGACGAGGCAUGCUUGACCGUUGAGAAAGAGCUCGACCGCGUUGUAAGCAAGUUGGAGCAACUGCACGAGAUCGCUUCGGUCGAAAUUGGAGAUGUUGCGUCGCUUAUGUCGGAACUGGUCAAUGUUCUGGGCAAUGCGGAGCAGAUGCUGGUUACCACACUGAAUGCUGGUACGCAAAUGAAUGCGCCAGGCACGAGCAGCACAGACGAUCCCAUGGGCGAUGGCGUGAACAUGCAGGUGGAGACAGAGCCAGCAGCUCCACAACGUCUGACCGAUAGCCAAAUGGAAAUAAUCAGAGAAGCGAUCUUGAAGUGCAAUGAUCGCGUACAGAAGCUGUCGACGGAACAUCGUGACUCGCAUGGUUCCGUUUCGAAGAUUGGGAAGGCCAUCGAUCGCAACUUUAGCUCGGACUUUAGCUCGACAAUGCGCGUGGACGCGCUGCAGGACGAGGAUAACCUAAUGCUGCUAAACAAGGCCAUUGCCAAACAUUACUGCCGUCAGGGCAUGGACGAGGUUGCCCGCACGCUAAUCAAGGAAUGUAAAAUGAGUGAGAACGAUGCCCAAGAUGUGUUCGAUUCGGAGCGCGAGUUCGCCGAAAUCUACAGCAUCUGGAUACAGAUACAGAAGCGUGAGCUGUCCGAAGCCCUCAAGUGGGCCAUACGCCACUCGAGCCAGCUGAUGGAGCGGCAUUCGCUCAUUGAGUUUCGGCUGCAUCGCAUGCGAUUCAUGCAGCUGGUUUCGUAUGGCCUGGAGUCCCAGCACGAAGCCAUCGUGUACGCCAGGACCAACUUUCAAAAGUUUGCCGUGCGUUACGAGCAUGAGAUUGCCAACUUGAUGGCCAGCUUUAUAUAUUUGCCCGGUGGCCUUGAGAAAACGCCGUACAAGAUCUUUCUAGCCCAGGAAAUGUGGACCGAGCUAUCGUUCACAUUCCUCAAGGACGCCUGCCAGCUGUUGGGCAUCAGCAAAAACUCGGCACUCUCGGUGGUCGUAAACGCUGGCUGCACCGCGCUGCCUGCGCUGCUAAACAUCAAGCAGGUAAUGCAGUCGCGCCAGGUGCUGGGCAUGUGGAAUGGCUGCGACGAGCUGCCCAUUGAGAUCGACUUGCAGCCAGAGUUUCGGUUUCAUUCUAUUUUCGCCUGCCCGAUUCUCAGGCAGCAAACCACUGAGGACAAUCCACCGAAGAAGCUGACAUGCGGCCAUGUCAUCUCCAAUGACGCCCUGCACAAGCUGAGCAAUGGCCACAUCCUGAAGUGUCCCUACUGUCCCGUCGAACAGAAUGCCGAGGAGGCCGUUCGUAUUUACUUUUAAAUGUAGACCCUAAUAACAAUUAAUCAUAAUAUCGCAUAUACUAUGUAAUAAAAUGUGAGCCUGCCUGUUGGCGCGCUUAAAGCAGUUCGAGCGUGGAUCUGGAGCAGAAAGAUGACAAAUUUCUUGAAUUUCGGCAACUUUUCCUUAAAUGUUAUUGAGCGCGCCACUAGAUUGUUCUUUAGCUAAAUUUGCUAGGCCGAAGCGAACUACUUGAGAGCCGCAAGUCCAUUAAAACAAAAAAAAUCCCACUAGUUCUUAAUUACAUGCAUAAUAAAUAAACAUUUAUCUCAAA